GAUUUGCGAUCAGGAACACCGCCCACUCCAUCGUGCACGUAGCAAAGGCAUUAGGCUACUGAUAGACUAGCUACUUCAUACAUUUGGAUACAAAAUGUCUCCCAGAACAGUGUUGACAGUAUCCCGGUUACUAAAACCGACAUGGGGCGGAUUAAUGCGAAAUACGAACAAUGUACUCCGACCAGCCUCUAUCUGCGGCCAGAGGACCAAGUCCUCUUACACCGCUAUUCCUCCUCCCGCCAAGUAUGGCGGCAGACACACGGUCACACUGAUUCCUGGAGAUGGCAUCGGACCUGAGCUGCUCAACCACGUCAGAGAACUCUUCAGGUUCUGCUGCGUGCCUGUGGAUUUUGAGAUUGUGAAAGUGGACUCCACGGUAACCUCUGAGGAUGACAUCAACAAUGCCAUCACUGCCAUCAAGCGGAACGGAGUGGCAUUGAAGGGUAACAUAGAGACCAAUCACAACUUACCGCCCUCUCACAAAUCCAGGAACAAUCUGCUUCGGACAAAUCUGGAUUUGUAUGCCAAUGUGAUGCACUGCCAUUCCCUUCCUGGUGUUAAUACUCGACACAAAGACAUCGACAUCAUCAUCAUCAGAGAAAACACAGAGGGAGAGUACAGCAGCCUAGAGCAUGAGAGUGUACCCGGAGUGGUUGAGUGUCUGAAGAUUAUCACUCGCAGGAAGUCCUUGAGAAUCGCUGAGUACGCUUUCAACUUAGCACGGGAGAAAGGUCGCCGCAGGGUCACAGCCGUGCACAAGGCCAACAUCAUGAAGCUGGGCGAUGGCCUGUUCCUCCAGUGCUGUAACGAGGUGGCAGCAGGAUAUCCAGACAUAACCUUUGACAGCAUGAUCGUUGAUAACACCACCAUGCAGCUGGUGUCCAAGCCCCAUCAGUUUGACGUCAUGGUGAUGCCCAACCUGUACGGGAACGUGGUCAGCAACGUGUGCGCUGGCUUAGUCGGGGGUCCGGGAUUGGUACCCGGCGCCAACUACGGCAAGGACUACGCCGUCUUUGAAACGGCCACCAGGAACACGGGGAAGAGCAUCGCUGACAAGAACAUCGCCAACCCCACUGCGACUCUGCUGGCUGGCUGUCUGAUGCUCGAUCACUUGGAGCUUCAUGCAUAUGCUAGCAUGAUCCGGAAAGCUGUGAACACCACUCUGUCAGAGACACGGCUUCACACAGCAGACCUGGGAGGUCAGGGCACCACGUCUGAAGUGGUCCAGUCCAUCAUGAGGGAGAUCGAGAGCAAAGGGCCUCUUACCAUGGAACCCUAGUAAACCUCUGAACCCAACCUAACCCAUCCGCCCACCCCCACCAAGUCCAGUCCGGUCCCAGACCAGCAGCAGGUAUAUGCUGUUAAUUGGUGCAAUACAAUAGAUGUCCGUCUCCUAAGCCUCCCCCAACAUGUGCUGCUACACAUAGUGAUGAAAGUGCAUGUUGGUGGUAGCAGGACUAAGGACAAUUCAAGCUCCACGGUAAUUGGCACUUUGUGAAAAUGCAUGUUCAAGUUGUUUUUAUCCUAUUUGUUUUUCUAGAGAGCCACUAGGCAGUUUAACAAUGCCUCCAGGCUAAAAUAUCUUAUGUUACUGCAGUUUGUUAAGAGGUUUGAAGAGUAAGCAAAUGCUUUGCGGUAUUUGUUUUUGUAAGAUCGCCAUAAUAUUGUGGCGAAUUUCUCUGUAUUUCCAUUUCUAAAAGCAAAAUGACAAUUAAAAAAAUAUUCUAAACAUUUUAGUUUCAUAGUAGCAUAAAAACUUCACAAAUUAAUUUGAGAUGGAAGUGAAAGAUGGUAAUCCUGAAGAAUAGGGAAAAGGGGAAAAAAAAGCUUGUAUGCUUUAGUUAUGUCAAGUUUGUGUUUAUUAAGACAUUAAUUUACUGCACUCAGCCCCUGGGUCUGCUGUUGCGUCCUUUAGAUACUGUAUACAGGUUUUCAGCAGAUUCAGCACGACCCGACCAAAGUCAAACUGACAUGGAGCGUUUAAAAAAAGUUUUUCAAGUAUAAAAUUACCUCAGAGAUCGAGGAAACAUCGAGCACAUAGAUCAUUCGCUAGUCUUAUACUGUAUAAGUUUGUUAAUUUUUGUUCAGAACAGUUGCUAAGAUAUUUUAUUGUUUGGCCAUUAAUUAAUGCCCUGUGUUUAUGGCGUGUAGUUGUUGUGUGUGUCCUUUUGUAGUUCCAUUAAACUCUGUAUUUUCUCAGGACAAAGAUUCUUAGAAGUCUUAGAAAAUAAAGACUUGCUACAAUAAACUGUUUAAAAAAUGAA